AUGAGCAAUGACAAUGAGGCACGUCAGCAGGCGGAGUCAUCAUAUGAGGCUUUAAAAGCUGAGCAACCACAGACACUCGUGGCCAAUCUCGUUCAUUUAUUGCGCACGGCACCAGAACCUGAAGCGCGCGCCUUCGCGCCUGUGCUGCUACGUCCGUUGCUUGAAGUAAAAGCUGAGAUUUACACACAGCUAGACACUUCUGCACAAAAUACACUUAAGACUCAACUACUAGAAGCCGUGGUUCACGAGCCUGUAGCCCACAUUCGUCGCAAACUUGACCACUUGAUCGCCGGGCUCGCCGCUAUUUCGUGUAAACUCGACCAGCCGUGGCCUGAGCUACUUAGCACCGUUUCAGAGCUUACUACACACACUGAUGCACAACUUCGCGUAACAGCGUUUGAUCUAUUGGCAAAGCUUGCCGAAUAUGUUGGCGACGUGCUUGCUCCACAUAAAGAGAAUUUUCUUACGCUCUUUACGAAUGCACUUAAUGACGGAAAUGGAGAGGUACAAAUUGCAAGUCUAAAAGCCGCUUCUGCCUUUCUGUUGACAUUGGAAGACAAGCAGGAAUUGUUGGCGUUUACGAUUAUUAUUCCUCCUAUGCUGCGCAUUAUCGAAGCAUUGGUCAAUGCUGGCGAAGAGGCCACUUUUCGUGAAGUAUUGUCUUCUCUUGUACAGAUUGCUGAAACGCAUCCAAAGUUUUUUCGAACUUUAUUGGAUGACGUGGCUCGUGCUAUGGUCUUUGUAUGUUCGUCCCAAGAGCUCGAGUCAGAGACACGUGAACUUGCUCUCGAAUUCAUUAUUUCUUUAUGUGAAAAUGCUGGUGGUAUGGUACGCAAAUCGCAAUAUAUUGUGACGAAUGUAGUACCUCUUGUUCUUCAGCUCAUGUGCGAAGUUGAAGAAGAUGAGACAUGGAUACACAAGUUCGACGACCCCGAGACUUUCACGGAGACCAGUGACGCCGAUGAUUCCAUAAGUGAUGCUAGUAGUGCUGCCAUUGAUCGUCUCAGCUCGUCAUUAGGUGGCAAUGCUGUGCUCCCCGUAGCUAUUCCGGUUAUUACCACCUUUCUAAAAAAUGCCGAUUGGCGAAAGCGUCGCGCGGCACUCUACGCGAUCUGCUUACUGGGUGAAGGCGCCAAGUCGCUUAUGACCCGUGAAAUUGACAAUGUUGUGAAUAUGGUAUUACCUUUUCUUAAUGACCAGCACCCGCGUGUUCAGUACGCUGCGCUUCAUAGUAUUGGUCAACUUGCCGAUGACUUUGGCGAAGUUGAAAAGGGCAAGAACUUCCAGGCAAAAUUUCAUACUGCGGUGGUACCUGCAUUGACGACUUUGAUUCAAAACGAGCAGGUUGUAAUGCGUACUCGCGCUUUGGCUGCAAGUGUAGUUAUCAACUUCUGCAACACAAACGUGUGCAAAGCCAAAUACGUGACUCCAUACAGUCAAACACUGUUAGAAGCUCUGUUUCAUGCCAUGCGUUCGUGUCCGCGACAGGUUCAAGAACAAGCGAUUACUGCAGUUGCCAGUGUAGCGAAGGUGAUUGGUGACGAAUUCUUGCGCUAUUACGAUAUUUUCAUCCCGCUUGCCAAAGAAGUCUUGACGAAUGCACAUGGGAAAGAAUACGCUCUACUGCGUGGCAAGUCGAUGGAAUCUAUCGCUUUGAUCGGUCAGGCUGUAGGUAAAGAGCGCUUUGUCAACGACGCAAGGGAAAUUAUGGAGAUUUUGAUACGAGUGCGGUCUAGUGAAGAGCUAGAAGGGCCCGAGGUGCAGUACGUGGCUCAAUCGUGCGUACGUAUUGGAGGUAUCUUAAAGGAGGACUUUGUGCCUUAUCUACCGCACGUGAUUCCGGCGCUGAUUAAACAAGCCAAGAUUCAGCCUGAUAUUCAGUUAUUCGAUAUCGCUGAAGGUGAUGCCGAGAAGGAUGGCCAAACCGUUGAUGGAAAGGACACAAUGACGCUAGAAAUCCGGGGUGUAGGCAAGAAGCGACUGGACGUGAAUACGAGUGCUCUGGAAGACAAGACUAAUGCUUGUAAUAUGUUGUACCAGUCGGCAUCUGACCUGGAAGGUUAUUUCUACCCUUACGUAGCUGAAGUUGCGCAGGUGAUGAUCCCGCUGAUUGACUUUGAAUAUGUGGAAGAUGUUCGCAUUGUGAGUAGCUUGACUAUGGCAAAGCUGCUGAACUGCGCGGUAGACGGUACGCUAAAUCAUGGCCACAGUGCAAUUGCUCCGCAAUUUCCACAGCAGCUUUUCGAGAAAUGUUUCGAGCCAAUGUUAAAGGGUUUGCAAGAAGAAGAGGAUCUCGAGUGUCUCGGUGCUUUUGCUGAAGCCAUGUCGGCCUUGUUGGAGGUGUGCAAGGAAAGUCAAGACAAAGGUUUUAGUGUUGGUGUUCCUAUAGAACAUGUUCCACGUGUCGUGGGGAUUUUAAAGACGGUAGCAUCGAAUAGUGCUCAGCGUUUAAUGGCUCAGCACCGCGAGAACCAGCUAGAUGAAGACUAUGACGCUGAAGCUGCUUUGCAACAGACUGAGAACGAUGAGUUGGAAGAAGGUGUUUUUCGCUCAAUGAUCGACUCUAUUGGCUGGAUUAUCAAGAUCCAAAAGGAAGCGUUUUUCCCCGUGUUCCACUCGCACUUGUUAAUGUUUGUGAAGCCGUUGCUUGAGCAGAAGGUUGUGCCGAUGUUGCGUGGACAAGCAAUUUGUAUGAUUGAUGACGUUAUCGAGCACUGUGGAGCUGCCGCUCAGGAGCUGUUACCGUUGUUCUUGGACCACCUGGUGCAAGGUCUUGAGGACCAAAACCCUUCGGUGAUACAAGCGUCAGCUUAUGGGAUAGGUGUCAGUGCAGAAAAGUGUGGAGGCGCCUUUGAUCCAUUCUGCCAGAACGCACUUGAGAAAUUAGUACACGUGAUUAAUGUCUCAGCCAACGCGGAUGACGAUGAAGUUUGCGCUGCUCGAGACAAUGCCAUCAGUGCUGUAGCCAAGAUUAUUCUAGCUCGCGGAAGUGCCGUGGAUGCAGCCAAAAUGUGGACUUUGUGGCUUACAUGGCUACCACUUCGCACUGAUGUUCUUGAAGCUCAAGACGUACAUUCUCGUCUCAUUUCACUCGUGAAUAGCGGUAAUACCCACGUGCUUGGUGCUGAGUUCUCCAAUCUUCCUCAGAUCCUUAAAGUUUUCGCCUCGGCUCUCUUGUACGACCUGUCGGAAUCAGAAGAUGCCGCGAAUGAUGAUGAGGUGUUAACGAUUUCAAAGGAUUCUAGACUUCAGCUUCGUGAGCUCUUGGCCAAGCUACAGUCGCAAUUACCUAGUUCAGUUGUGCAGGCCGCGUGGGCAAAACUCAAUAGCGAUGAGCAGAUGGCUCUUUCUCAGCUGUGA